AUGCCUGCAAACCCCUCCCGCGCUCUGGCAGACCUCCGCCACGUCCCUUACGAGAGCAUCCCCUCUUCUGUCACCACACUGGAGCUGAACCUCUGCGACAUUCCCGAUGCCUGGUUCUGCGUCUCCCCUUUGGUGCCACCACCACAGAACCACCUGAAGACACUGAGCCUUUGUGGCACCUACCGCAUCACUGAUAUGGGGAUCCAAGCAGCAGCUCCACAUCUGGAAGAGCUGGAACGCCUGAUCCUCCGCCACUGCAUCAUCGGUGAUGCUGCCAUGGUGUUCAUUGGGCGCCACAUGAAGCAGCUCCGCUACCUGGAAAUCAGCAAUGCCUACUUCCUGACAAACAGGGGGCUGGUUUCUAUUGCAACACUGGAGCACCUGGAGACCCUGUGCCUCGACCUCUAUGAUUUGGUCUCCCUUGGUACUGUUAUUGCUUUGUUGCAAGUGCUGCCUCGCCUGAACCACCUCAAAUUAGGCGGAACUUGCUUUGAGGAUGAAGUCCUCCGUAAAAUUCAGGAGAAUUUUCCACAUUGUGCCAUAUCUCACACUCCUUGACAACCUGAAAUGUUAUCCUUCCUUACUACACUUGAAGUGCUCCUUUUUUGGAUAAAGCCUGAUUUCUUCUACAUAGUUUUGAGACAGAAUUCUCAUUGGCCUUAAAACAUUAAGUUUUUCAUGUAAAUACGUUAAGCUUGUCACGUAAAUAAGUUUGUUACAAAAUUUUUGGUAGGGUUUCUCCCUCCUUGUUUUCCAUGGAUCGGAGGAAUAGGAAAGAUGGGAAGCACAUCGAGCCUUUGGGAACCCCACUGACCAAAAACUGGCUGGGGGGAUAACUAGUUUAAACUCUGUCUUCUCCUCUUUCUCCACUGCUGAGGAUCAGGCAGCAGCUUAACGAGGGCAGAAUUCAAGGAGCAAAUUGAGGUUCCCCUCCUACCACUGAAAGAAACAGAUCUGGCAGCCAAAAACUCAUGACUUCCAGUUCCUUCCCCUUUCCUUCAAAUUCAGAUCUUCAUGUCAGUCCCCAGACAGAUUUUGGUGCUGGGGGUUGAACACCUGGUCCUGAGAGCCAGACAUUCCAUUUGCCCACGGGCAUUGCUGUGGCUGCUAUUACCUCUGGGUUUUGCUGGGAACAUCCAUGUUUCCUCAUCACCUUUUACUGUCUGUGUUCUCUUUCUCUUCCCUUUCCCACCCUCCCAAUAUCCUAACACCAGAGAAGUGACCAAACGUUAUUAUGUUGUUAUUCGUAAUUUUAUUCUAUAUUUUAAGCAAAUACCGUAUUUAUUAAAAAAAAAAAAUUCAAGCU